GACGUGCUAAGGUAAAGUUACUUCAAGUGCGUUUGAGUUGACAUGUAUUGUGGCGUCGCUUCACCACCUAGUGUUGGGAGCACGAAAGCACAUCACUGCCCUCUCUCAACAACAAGGACGCAGUCUGUGAGCAUUGAACCGUUUCAGUGCCAUACAUCUAGCAGAUCUCUUAAUGCGCGACUAAAUCCACGCGAAUGCGGGAUGCAGUCUUUUAGUACAGGGUUGCUAGGAAACAGAUGUCCUAGGAGAUGCAGCUUCAGGAGGCAAGGGACAAUCAGGACGUUCGCCAGUUCCCAGAUCAAGACAAUUCCUAUUUUUCCACUCAACACUGUUGCAUUUCCAGCUGCCGCAUUUCCUCUUCAUAUCUUCGAAGCGAGGUACCGUGUCCUCUUCAAUACACUGCUUAAAGGAGCGGAUGGACUUGAGGAGGGCUUGAUUCAAGAUGACAGUCCCUAUGCCGGAACAAGGCGCUUUGGAAUGUGCUGGUCGGACUCCAAGGGCGCCAUAGCAGCGAUAGGGACCACACUACUGAUUGAGAGCCACAUGCGCAUGGAUGACGGCAGGUUAGGCAUCGAGAACAAAGGGAUAGAGCGGUUCAAGGUGCUGCGCAUCUGUGAGGAGCGGCCAGUGCUGAUCUGCGAAGUGGAGGUGCUAGAUGAAGAUGAUGACUCUCUCCCAGAGGUUCAGGCGGAGGCCGAUGAAGUGAGGGAGCUCUUCCGGACACUCAUACGGCUGCACGUCAGAAAGGGGACCAUCAAGGUUGGUGAUGAGCAGUAUGAGCCAGAGGAGCUGAAGGACUUGGGACCCAGAGACCUGUCCUACUGGAUUGCCUCAAACUUCAGAGAAAUGCCUCAGCACCAGCAGAUCCUCCUGCAGGAGAACAGCACGCUGCAGAGGCUCAAGGAUGAGAAGGGAGUGCUGGAGGGGAGUGUGAAUUACUUGAGGGCUAGGCUGGCAGUGGAGAGCGCAUUCACAACAGACUCAAGCAGUGAAGAGUCUGCUGGCAGCGAAGAUUCUCCCGAAGGGCCGGAAGUGACACCUGAGCAGUGAUUACAGAGAUGAGUGCAUGGAAAUGAAACUGAUAUCACUGUACAUCAAGAGGCAUAUGUGAUGCCCAAUUAGGCAGGUACCGCAGGCGCAGUACCUACUGAGCUUAGUAUGCACCUGCCCCCAAUCCAUGUGGACAAGAAAUUCAGUCUCUUGGCAAGUAUCCUUAAGCAGUUUGCCAUAUGUAGGCUGCCAGUGCAGGGUACAUCUACGGGUGUGUGUGUGCCUGUCUUCCAACACCGAGGGUACACCAUGUUUAUCCAUUGUGGAAAGGAUAAAAAUCUAGAGUAUUGC